AUGGAGGGAAGAGAUAAUAAUGGUUUCAUUGGCGACGGAAGCCCCUCGAUUGCCGGUCAGUUUCGAUGGAACACACCGGCGAAUCCUAGCCGUCCUGGAGUUCCCGGUGUCACCAGUAUUCACCUUACCGACGUGGAGCUAACCGGUGGGAAAACGGUCAACGUCGAGCCCAUCAUCCCGAACCGCAGUGCCAUCCCAGAACCAGCGGCCGAUCGGGACCAGUGGGGUAAGGGGGUCGAGUUCCUUAUGUCCUGCAUCGCCAUGUCGGUCGGGUUGGGCAACGUGUGGCGGUUUCCGUUCGUGGCGCUGGAGAACGGUGGCGGUGCGUUCGUCAUUCCGUACAUCAUCGUCCUGCUCCUCGUGGGCAAACCGGUCUACUACAUGGAGAUGAUCAUCGGCCAGUUCUCGAGCCGGGGCAGCGUUAAGGUGUACGAUAUGGCACCGAUCAUGCGAGGUGUCGGCUUUGGGCAGCUAUUUUCGGUAUGCUGCCUCAUAACGUACUAUUCCUCGUUGAUGGCACUCAUCUCACGCUACAUGGUAGACUCGUUCUGGAACCCGCUACCGUGGGCCUACUGCCGACCGGAGUGGCUUUCAAACUGCAUCGACUCGGAGGCCAAAACAGGAGCGACGACAACGACUACCUUCACUAAUGACACAAUCGUUAGCACUAAUAUCGGUUCUGUUCCGACGGUACAGAGUAGUUCCGAGCUGUAUUUUAAUAAGGUUGUGCUGAAGGAACUGGAUGGUAUUGACGAUGGCAUUGGGAUGCCCGACGUGAGGCUAACGCUCUUCCUCAUUCUAUCCUGGUCGCUUGUCCUGCUGACCCUCAUCAAAGGUGUGAAAAGUUCCGGCAAAGCAUCGUACUUCCUCGCGCUAUUUCCGUACGUCGUCAUGACGGUGCUGCUCAUCCGCGCCUGUACGCUCCCGGGUGCCAUCGAUGGCAUCGUGUACUUCCUCAAACCACAGUGGGACAAAAUCUACGACCCGAAGGUUUGGUACGCCGCCGUCACGCAGUGUUUCUUCUCGCUUUCCAUCUGCUUCGGCAACAUCAUCAUGUACUCCUCAUACAACAAGUUCCGGCAUAACGUUUACCGCGACGCAACGAUCGUCACCUCGAUCGACACGUUCACUUCGCUGCUGGCGGGAUGCACCAUCUUUGGCAUCCUCGGCCACCUGGCGCAUGUCACCGGGAAAGCGGACGUCGGCACAGUGGUGAAGUCGGAUGCCGGGCUUGCGUUCAUCUCGUAUCCGGAAGCGAUCGCCAAGUUCGAGGUGCUACCACAAGCGUUCUCCGUGCUGUUCUUCCUGAUGCUGUUCGUGCUCGGCAUCGGUAGCAACGUCGCGAUGACGUCUUGCGUAAUGACCGUGAUCAAAGAUCAAUUCCCGCGGGUUCGCAACUGGCAGGCGGCCACCAUUAUUGCCGUGUGCGGCGUUCUCCUCGGCAGCAUUUACGUUACACCGGGUGGCCAGUACAUUCUGAAGCUGGUCGAUUACUACGGUGCGUCGUCGAUUGCGCUGGUGCUCGCGAUCGCCGAGCUGAUCGCCAUCGGGUGGGUCUACGGAGUGGACCGGCUUUGUAAGGACACCGAGUUUAUGCUCGGGCACCGACCCAGCCUCUACUGGCGGCUCUGCUGGCGUUGGAUCACACCGUUGCUGAUGUUCGUCAUCCUGAUCUACAAUCUUGUCACGCUGGAACCGUUAAUGUACAAACAAUACGUGUAUCCCACCAUCGCAUACGACAUUGGAUGGUGUAUUUUUGCAUUUGGAUUGAUGCAGCUUCCCAUCUGGGGAAUUUAUGCCAUUUACAAGCAAAGCGGAAAAACACUCACCGAGAAAAUAAGAAAUUCGUUCAAACCAACCGCGGCCUGGGGCCCCAUCGAUCCUGCCACCCACUACGAGUACAAAAAGUUUAUCGACGAAGACUGAGAAGAAGAAACGUUCGUCCACACGGAACGAGAGGUGCUGCAGGAAAGGCGACCGAUGCCGUUUUGGUUGAAGAUUUUACUAUUUUUUCACAACCACGUGCCUUCAGGGUACUUUUCUUUUAUCAUUGCAAUGAAACAAGAAUCCACGAGUUGGGCUAUGUUAUGUGAUACGUGUAAUAUUAAAUAUUGGAUGUAAUUUAUUGUACAAGUUAGAAUAAAAUAAAAGCCAAUCCACCACCGUUUACGUCCCAUGGGGGAAGCGCG